AUGAGAUCAACCGCCGGCCCCACCACUCCCCAACGGCGGGAUCGCCCUGGUUCGCGACUGUCGGCACUUGGCUUUGGUUCCGUCAACUUGAGCUCCAGAGAUCCCGACAGCAUGGCCGUCGAUCUUUCACUAUACUUGGUCACCGACUCGACCCCCGCCAUCCUCAAGGGACGGGACUUGUGCGUGGUCGUGGAGGAGGCUCUGAAGGGAGGCGUCACGGUAGUGCAAUACCGCGACAAGAAAAGCGAUACCGGAGAGCAGAUUGCCACAGCCCGGAAGCUGCAUCAGAUCUGCCAGACGUAUGGAGUGCCACUCCUGAUCAAUGACCGUGUCGAUGUCGCGCUUGCAGUCGGCGCAGAGGGCGUGCACCUCGGCCAGGAUGAUAUGAAAUUCGCCGAGGCCAAGAAGAUGCUUCCGAAAGAAGCCAUCAUCGGCAUCAGUGCCUCGACGCUAGAAGAAGCGCAGAAGGCAAUUGCUGACGGGGCCGACUACCUGGGCAUUGGGACGAUGUUUGCCACGCCGACUAAGACCAACACCCGGUACACGCUCGGCACUGCGGGCACACAGGCCAUUCUCGAUGCCAUCAGUGAUGCUACUUCGGUGAGUACUGUGGCCAUUGGUGGUAUUAACCAUUCGAAUGUGCAGCGCGUCAUCUACCAGUCCCAGUCGCCAAAGAAGGGCUUGGAUGGAGUGGCUAUUGUGAGCGGUAUCAUGGCAGCGGAUGACCCUAGAGCCUCGGCUCAAGAACUUGUCAAGCUCAUCAAGAACCCUCCUCCUUUUGCAUUGGUUCCCCCGGCCCCUAGAGCGAACGAGGUCGAGGCACUUCUGAAGGAGGUGCCAGCCAUCGUGCAGAAGAUGGUUGAGGUGCACCCGCUUGUUCACAACAUGAUCAACUUUGUUGUGGCCAACUUUGUUGCUAAUGUCGUCCUCUCCAUUGGCGCGUCGCCUAUCAUGUCACCUUACGGCGACGAAGCCAAAGACCUGUGCAAAUUCGACGGGGGCCUCCUCAUCAACAUGGGCACACUGACCAGCGAGAGUGUUUCCAAUUACUUGAAAGCCAUCAAGGCCUACAACGGACGAGGCAACCCCGUGAUCUAUGAUCCGGUCGGUGCGGCUGCAACUGACAUUCGGCGCAAUGCUGUUACCGACCUCAUGGCUGGCGGCUACUUUGACCUCAUCAAGGGUAACGAGGGUGAAAUCAAGCAGGCCUGGGGCAGUGGUGCCGUACUGCAGCGUGGUGUGGACAGUGGGCCGAGCACACUUGACAGCCAGCAAAAAGCCCGGUUGGCGCGAGACCUCGCCAGGAGAGAACGUAACGUGGUUUUGAUGACUGGCGCGGUGGAUUAUCUCAGUGACGGAGAGCGAGUCGUGGCUGUUGAGAAUGGACACUCCUUCCUGGGUCAAGUUACCGGAACCGGAUGCGCAGUCGGCUCCAUCUCAGGAUGUUUCCUAACAGCCCACCGCUCAGACAAACUUCUCGCAGUCCUAUCCGGCAUCCUCAUGUACGAGAUCGCUGCCGAAAAUGCAGCAAGCAAGGAAUUUGUCCGCGGGCCCGGCAGCUUCGUUCCCGCCUUCCUCGACGAGCUGUACGCCAUCCGUGAGGCCGCGGGCAAGGGAGACCACAGCUGGUUUACCGGUCGGGCCAAGGUUCACGAAGUCCAACAUGGCUCUCCGCAGUAUCAAAUGUACGAAAGUUCCCCUCGGCGGCUUCCCCGCAUCUCCGAGUUCCCCGCCCGCCAAUUCUCAACUUCACCUCCUCAACCUCACCUCUCCCACAGAAAAUCCAUUCCAACCAUCACAAUGGCUGUCACCAUGGCUGCUCUUAAUCUCGCGAGCCGUAUUCGGAACCCCGCAUUGUUCAUCUGCGACAUCCAAGACAAAUUCCGCAAUGCAAUUUACGAAUUCCCCAAGAUGGUCACAACAACAUCCAAAAUGAUCCGCGCCGCAAAUACCCUAAACAUACCCAUCUACAUAACAACACAAUCCCGCUCCAAACUCGGCAACACGAUUCCAGAGCUCUCGGCCCACCUCUCCGGCCCAAACAUUCGCGCCGACAUCGACAAAACCCUCUUCUCAAUGGUAACGCCCGAACUGGAGGCGCAGCUCCCAUCCUCGAGGUUGGACGUGAUCAUCGUCGGCAUCGAAACGCAUAUCUGCGUUACGCAGACGACGCUUGACCUCCUUGAACGUGGCCAUAGAGUUUAUAUCCUCGUGGAUGGGGUUAGCUCGAUUAAUGCUGAGGAACGCGGGGUUGCGCUGGCACGCUUACGGGAUGCGGGAGCUGUGGUUACGAGUAGCGAGAGUAUGCUUUUUGAGAUUCUUGGGGAUGCGGGGCAUGAGGAGUUUAGGGCUGUUAGUGGGUUGGUUAAGGAGACUAAAGAGGAGACGAAGGCUGCGCUGGGAGCUUUUUCGAAGAUUUGA